AUUUUUUUUUUGAAAAAUUCCCUUCCAUAUCAAGUCUCCUGAUUUUACUGGUCUCUGAGGUGGGUGUGAAACAUUAGAACAUCUUCAAUGCUACAAUGUGUACGGUGUAUAUGUGGCAUGAGAGAGAUAGACACAAAAGAUUGAAUUUAUGACAUUUCUCUCUCUUUCUUUCCACAGUUUUAUGUGUUUUGGUAAGUUUUUCUCUGCAAUGUCAACAAUAAUCUCUAUAUCUAGACAUUGUGUUUGACAUUGUGAAGAAAAACUUACCAAAAUGAUAUAAGAUCCUUCAAAUCAUUCAGAUAAGGGGAGAGAUAUUCAAUUUAUUAUUUUUUAAUCGACUAUAGUUCAUGCCACAUAUGCACCGCUCACGUUUUAGCAUUGAAGAUGCUCUACCUCGAGACGGCGUCUUUGAUGUCCAAAAGCCCACUGAUCGGUUGGGCCAUCGUCUUUUUUGCACCCCGUUUUGCAUCUGGAUUUACUGUGCUUUCUCUGCAUUUGUUCUUUGUGGGAAAGAAGAGUACCACCAUGUCUUUAUUUGCUUUCCAUCUGGGAGCACCGCUUCGGAAGAUCAGUCCUUUUUUUUUUUUGAAAGGUCGGAAGAUCAGUCCUUGUUCUCUCUAAAAUUGUUCCGAAACACUUUCUUCCUUUUUUGUUCUACAGUGAAUUCAACUGGUUGGGUAUGCAAGCCGUCGAUCAACUUGUUGCUUGUCUACGUUGAAAAAAUAUGUCUUUGAAUCCCCGUCACAAGAUUUGCAACCUUGAGAGUUCCAUCUCGGAGCCAGACUAGGUCUGGGACUAGGAAUCGUAAAACCGGGAAAAACGGAUCGAAUCGAACCGAAUUAUCUGGUUCGGUUCCUA